AUGGAUAGCAUCACCCAUCAAAUUUCCGAGUAUGCCCGGCGGGUAGAACACACAGAGGAACCACUGGUGGGACAAGACGUGCCUCUUACCGAGUAUCAACUCGUCAUAAGGGGAGGCCCGACAAGUCAGCCAGAGACAGAGUCCAAGUCGAACGGCAACGUUGAACCGGCCGCCCAUGACCAAGACUUGGACGCUUGGGAGACAAACGAAGGCACGGUCCGCGCCAGCGUCGUCGUCUGGCAGCCAAGUUACCAACUCCAACUCUGGCCACCGAUCGAAGCCAUCGAGGUUGAUAUUGCAGACGAGCAGAUUGCUAUAUCGGCCAGCGCGAUCGAGACUUGGGAAAUCCCAGGGGCCACCUUUAGCUACGCCAAAACCCUUCACACGCCGUACAUGGGCGCGGGCGUGGUGGAUAUCCCCCCCGGCGGCGAGAAGAGAACCAAGAACGCAAGGAUGAUGCAAAUGGUGUUUUUUGUGCAUUAUGGAAAGGUCUUGGUGACGGUCCACCAGACCAGGUUUCGAAUCUCGACUGGUGGCAUCUGGACUGUGCCUAGGGGGAAUUAUUAUGGCAUUGUGAAUGACGGUGAAGGUCCUGCGAGGAUCUUCUUCUCGCAGGCGUGCGAAACCAUGCCCGAGACUUUGUGA